UGUCAAGUCGUCAGACCACUAUUGCCGGAAAGAUUGCCUGGACUCUUCAACUUGGACAGAACAUUGCGUGGAGUGAUUGUUCUAUACGGGCCUUGACCUAUUUUCAGCCCUCCCAGUUCGGUAAGGCCCGUCGUAAGGAACAGCUUGCAACUAGGGUUAAUUGGUACGCAACGCAACCACUACUCCUCGCGGGACCCUCCCCCUAGCUUGAACUGUUGCGCCUACCAUUGAGACUCCCACCUCUUCUCUCCUCUCAUCUUGAUGGGACUCUUUUUCAACUCUCUUUAAUUCUUUUUGUUACGACAUUGGCCCCAAGCGCCUUCCACCCAGACUAUAGUUGCAACUCCGCAGCGUUCCCAACUUUUGGUACAACGCCGUCUACCAGCUGAUCGAGCCACGACACAUCGUCACCUCCCGCCGUCAUGGCGAGCCUAUCGGCAUCCAAUGCCUACCUAGGCGAGAAGCCCCAAUCGAAGAGAUCCAAGUCGCGUUCCAAGUCGCGGUCGCCAGCACCCAACGGCCGAAAGCAGCAAAAGACGCAGCAUCAGCAGCAGCAGCAGAAUGUCCAAGGCUACACCUCCGAGGGAGUGCAAGACCAUGAUAUCUUCAACCUCCCCGGAUCGGACUGGUCGUUGUUGGCCAUGUUGACUGGCGUGGCUGCUGUUGUACGCCUCUUCCGCAUUCAACAGCCGACCAGCGUUGUCUUCGACGAAGUCCACUUCGGUGGGUUUGCGUCGAAAUACAUCAAGGGCAGGUUCUUCAUGGAUGUCCACCCUCCGCUUGCGAAACUCCUCAUCACAUUGGCAGGAUGGUUAGGUGGAUUUGACGGAAACUUCGACUUCAAGGAUAUUGGCAAGGAUUACCUGGAGCCCAAGGUUCCAUAUGUCACUAUGCGCAUGUUGCCCGCCAUCCUCGGUAUUCUGACGAUUCCGACCAUGUUCCUUACUCUGAAGGCUGCUGGCUGCCGUACUACCACCGCAGCCCUGGGUGCUGGCCUCGUCAUCUUCGACAACGCACUCGUGACCCAGUCCCGCCUUAUCCUCCUCGACUCGCCGCUCGUCAUCUUCACAGCCCUUACCGCACUCGCCUGGACAAGCUUCAUGAACCAGCACGAACAAGGACCCGCAAAGGCCUUCCAGCCAUCCUGGUGGUUCUGGUUGGUCACUUCCGGUGUUGGACUCGGCGCGACAGUCAGUGUCAAGUGGGUUGGCCUAUUUACUAUUGCCUGGGUCGGCAGCUUGACGCUUGUGCAACUCUGGGUCCUUCUUGGGGACACCAAGAACGUCACACCACGAUUAUGGUUCAAGCACUUCUUCGCCCGCAUGUUCUGCUUGAUUGUCAUUCCUGUCUCGUUCUAUAUGGCCAUGUUCGGAAUCCAUUUCCUCUGCCUGGUCAACCCUGGCGAAGGUGACGGCUUCAUGUCCUCGGAAUUCCAAGCGACACUGAACUCCAAGGGCAUGCAAGCUGUUCCUGCUGACGUCGCCUAUGGAAGCCGUGUCUCUCUGCGCCACUGGAACACUCAGGGUGGAUACCUUCACUCACACAGUCACAUGUACCCAACCGGUAGCAAGCAGCAACAAAUCACGCUCUAUCCUCACAAGGACGAGAACAAUAUCUGGAUUCUAGAGAACCAGACUCUGCCGAUCAUGCCUGAAGACUACAAUGGACCAAACCUCACAAGCCCAAAGGCAUGGGACAACGUCGGCCCAGAUUACAUCGAGGAUGGUGGUGUCAUUCGUCUUUACCAUAUCACUACCGAUCGCCGCCUUCACUCCCACGAUGUCCGCGCGCCUGUUACUGAGGCUGACUGGCAAAACGAAGUUUCUGCGUACGGCUACGAAGGCUUUGAGGGCGACGCGAACGACCUCUUCCGUAUUGAGAUUGUUAAGAGCAAGUCUGACGGAGCCGUGGCUAAGAAGCGCGUCCGAACUAUCCAGACGAAGUUUAGGCUUGUCCACGUCAUGACUGGCUGCGCGCUAUUCUCGCACAAAGUCAAGCUUCCCGACUGGGGUUUUGAGCAGCAAGAGGUUACCUGCGCUAGGCAAGGUACCUUGCCCAACAGCGUCUGGUACAUCGAGGGCAAUGUCCACCCGUUGAUGGUGGAUGGUGAGGUCGAGAAGGUCAACUACCGUAACCCCGGGUUUUUCGGCAAGUUCUGGGAAUUGCAGAAGGUCAUGUGGAAGACCAACGCUGGCCUUACUGAAUCGCAUGCCUGGGAUUCUCGCCCUCCAUCUUGGCCAAUCCUACGCCGCGGUAUCAACUUCUGGGGCAAGCACAACCGUCAGAUCUACCUUUUGGGUAACCCAGUGAUUUGGUGGAGCUCUAGCGCGCUCAUUGCUCUCUACAUUGCUAUCAAGGGUAUCGCAAUCCUUCGCUGGCAGCGCGGCUACCGCGACUACAGCAAUGUCACCUUCAAGCGUUUCGACUACGAGGUCGGCAUGAGUAUUCUCGGAUGGGCCUUCCAUUACUUCCCAUUCUACCUGAUGGCGCGUCAACUGUUCUUGCACCACUACCUACCCGCUCUUUACUUUGCCAUUCUCGCUCUUUGCCAGAUCUUCGACUUUGUAAGCUACCGCUUCAGCGUCUUUGGCCUGAGGCAGUACCCUGCUAUCGGUCAAGCAGCAGCUGUUGGUUUCCUGGCUAUCGCCAUCACGGUCUUCACUGUAUACUCUCCAUUAGCAUACGGCAACGCAUGGACCAAGGAUGCUUGCAACAGUGUCAAGCUCUUCGACUCUUGGGACUGGGACUGCAACAACUUCCUCACUUCUUAUGAAGCAUACAACACCAUGCACUCUGAGCCGGUAGCAUCUGUCGCUGUACCUUCUUCUGCACCUCCUGCGCCUCCAGUCCAAGCCGCACCAGAAGUCGUUCCCCAAGUUCAGCAAGAGCAACCCAAGGAGCAGCAAAAUCAGCAGCAAAAUCAGCAACCAAUCCAGGAAGCAAAGGAGCCGAAGCAGGAGAAUGUGAUGUCUGAACAAGCGGUAGUUUCCCAGCCACCUCAGGAGCCUCCCAAGGACCUCCCGGUUGUAUCGAAAGAAGAGCGUAUUGAGUACCGCGACGAGAACGGCCGUAUCCUCGACGAUGAUGAGGUAUCAGCACUUGCCGGCAAAGUCAGCUUCAAGACCCGCUACGAGACCCGGACCCGUAUUAUCGAUGGUGAAGGUCACGAGAUCUAUGAGGGCCUCGUGGACUCACAUGGCGAUGCUGAGGAAAAUGGCGUUGCCCCUCCCCAUCCUGACGCCGAGGGCCGUAAUCCCGAGACGCAGGAACAAGCCAACGCUCCUGAAGCCAGCGAGGCUCCACCAACUGUCGAGGUCGCCGAGGACCAACAGAAGGAAAAGAGCGUUGAGCAGCAUCAGGAGGAGGCUCAGCCAGCCAGCGAAGCCCAGUCGGCGACGCAAAAGGAGGAGUAAACUCAUCCUGUCUUCUUCCCAUGGCACUACCAUGGUCUCCUUUCUCUCUUUUGUAUCAUAGGGACGGAUAAACUUAGCAGCGUACGGAGCUGGUGGCGCUAGGUCUGGCAUAGCAAACAAACAUGACGGCAGGUGGAGAGUGGGCUGCAUCUGUCUUGGAUCCUGUAUGACUACAUAUAAUGUGAUUUGUGAAAAUC